UCGUCGCCGGACUCCCAGGCAACGCAUCAUCCCUGAAGCUUGCUUUUGAAGUGCUUUAAUGAGAUGUAGUAAUUAUUAUGGUUAAAAUGUUUUACUGAUGAACUUCCGGUUAAAAGUGAAACCGCUGCGGACGUAAACAGAAGAUGAGUUACGAGGCAAAGCGGUGUGGAGUGCAGUUCAGUCCUCCCUCCAUAGUUUUAUUCUAUGAAGACAAGGAAACUAAACAUGUGAGAAAAAGAGUUAUACCUGUGCGAAACUUCUCGAAAUAUUCUGACUACAGCAUGGCAGCAGAAAGGCUGAAGAACCACCCUCGGCACAGGGACUACCUGGAGAAUGUGCCCCAGAGCCAGCUGGAGAAGCUUCACAUCAUCCUGCGAGAUCACAUGGAAGGCCUCAGCUUGGAGCACAGCCUGGCCUCGUUCCGCCUGGACCCCGAUGAAGACCUCAACAAACUGGACGACGACGAGCUGGCUCGCAAGAAGGGCCAGAUGGAUGAACUGUUCGAGAAGAACCGGCGGCGCAAAGAUGAUCCCGACUUUGUCUACGACGUGGAAAUGGAUUUUGGCAAGACUACCCAGGAAAAAUGCAGCUGGGACGAAGAGUCCGAUGAUGGAUUUUAAAAAUCUGAUAUUUCAGACUGCAAAUCACCCAAAGUACAGAUGUUCUAUGAGACAACAGGAACAUCUGACACAGCUCAAGUUUACUACACCGUCCAUCUAAAGUCACACAGCAUCAUGUGGCUCUUCUUGCACACAGUAAAGUACAUAAUAAGCUGCCAGUUUAUUAGGUACAGGUAUCUAUAACUGAUGCAGUCUAAUGCAACAACCGUUCGAUAGAUUCAACCUCCAUGUAACCCACAUUUACAAUCAAUAAGGGUAGAUUAGAUAUUAGAAAAGGCAACACAAUUCAACAAAUCUGCAAACUGAAGCGCCCAAAAUGUCCAUAAAGUUGACCUAAAACAGUUUCAACAAACAGUGAACAUUAAAACCUCCAUGAAGGUUACAUUUAAGCUAAAUAACAGCAGCAAUAAAAGACAGUAUGGACCAACUUCAGGUAGCUUUAAGGCUCAAAGGACAUUUUAAAAACACACAAAACAUUUCACUUAAAACAGCAAUGAAUGAAGUAUACGAACGCAUGAAUAAUAGGGAAUAUUUAUUUGUUAUAAAAUACUGAAUUUUACAAAAUACAAAGACUUUGGCUCGUUUAUUUUGUGGCUUUACACCUAACGUGUUAUUCACAGUUGAAUAUGAAGAAGAUAGUAAAAUCCUAUUAAAUACAAUUUGAGUGUACACCAAUAAGUAAGCAAUACAACAUGUAUAUAUUUAUAUCUUUGGAGAGAAAAAACAGUGUCCACAAAAUAUUGUUCCAUAUCAUACAAAACAUAUAUCUAUGUAUAGAUGUGUGUGUUAUAUAUACUGCAUUUCCAUCUGGUUUUAAAGGAGAUAAACUAUUUCAUAAAACCUGCGGCAUCAAACCUCUUCAGGGGGGAAUUCAUUCAAAGUGCUUCAAUCCUUCCUUCAGCUGACACGAAACACUGACUGACCAUUAGUACCAAAAUACAUUCAACAAUGUCACAGGUUCUUUGAAAAUUGAUAAAGAAUAAACUUACAUUACUUUGCUAGUUUGGUUUAAAGAUAAUCUACACACAUCUAUUCUUUUUACAGUGGUAUCACUUGCAGUCAUUUAUGCAGCGCUGAUGUAUUCCCUAAAGAGGUAGGUAACUGAACA